CUCGUGAUAUCUACUUUGUUCCUUCAAUUCUCCCCACAAAACAAAACCGCCCAUUUUUUGCUGCUUCUUGCUUACUUUACUUCACUAUCACAAGCAACAUACACAUCCCACCAUUUUAAUUAAAGUUUAGUAAUUAUAAUUAUUAAAAAUAUUGAAAGAAAUUCAGUAAAAUGAGCAAUAAACAAAGAUUUUUGUGGAUUGGAUCUCAAUAGUAGUUUUUUUGAUUGAAUAUAUCUAAUUUGGUGGGUGGUUAAGCAUCUGAUUCCAUUGUUACUUUGCUUUACAACCAUACCCAAUUCAAGGUUUCAAGGCAUGCUCCAGAAAUUCAGGUUUUCCUUAUAUCGAAAACAGUAUCUCGGUGUGGUGAGAGGAAAAUAAUGCUGUAAUUCUAAGCAUCAACACAAUGUUUCGAGCUAAAAACUUCAAUUGUAUCUAUCCUUUUUUACUUCAGUAUAGUAGGCCUACCAAAUCUAUAUGGGGAAAUUGUUGCACCUCAUCUUUUUCUUAGAGAAGCACAAAGGGAAUUUUAUUGAUUUGAUUACAGUCUUACUUGAACUGGUUGAAUGAUAUAUGACUUUGUAAGUAUUUCUUUUUGGGCAUCAUAUCAAUCUGCGUGAUGGGUAAGGAAAGCCAAAAAGAAACCAUGAGCCUAGAAAUUAGUAGCGGAAGCUCUUCACCAACUAAAAGCAAUAGUUCAAGGGCUUCAACUGCAUCACAGCUCAGUAUAGAUAGGGAUUUGGGCUUGCCCGCUUGUCGUGUGUGCCAAUGUGCUGAAUCUGACCGAAGAGGGGAUGCUGCUUUGGGAUUUUUAAGGAUAGAUCCCCUUCUAGAGGAGUCACAUAAUGUGAAGGAGCUGCAUGAGCCACACAUGAAAAUAGCCCAUAAUGAAGUUGAGGGUAGCGCAUCAGUGGACACAAAUCAGAAAAUGCAGCCCGGGUAUGUGCAAUUCAUCAGCCCUACAGGAGAGGUUUUUGUCUGUAAUACAGAUGUAGAAAUGGGAGCAUGUCAUAAACGGGACACACUAAUUGAACUUGGAUGUGCUUGUAAGAAUGAUCUUGCCCUUGUACACUAUGCUUGUGCUCUGAAAUGGUUUGUUAAUCAUGGGUCUACUGUCUGUGAAAUAUGUGGAUGUGUGGCAAGUAAUAUUAGCACGGCUGAUUAUAAGAAAGUCCUUGCUUCUUUGAAAGAUUAUGAGGCAUUACGAGAUAGGACUGCAAGUGGGGUACCUAAUCCUGCACAAGUACAUGGUAGUUCUGGGGUUGAUCCUGAUGCUGUUGCAGCUAUUCGCAGGCAGAGGCUUAGUGAGGUUUAUUUGUGGUUUAAUCCACAUGGUCACCACCGUCAUAAUAAUUUCAGCAGUGAAAAUGCCCCUGCAAUUUUGGUUGUUACAGAACCACCUGCAAAUGUCGUUGUUCAAGAUGUCACGCCUCCUCAGAAUCCAGCUACAAAAUGGGCUGUGGAAGGUACGGGGAUAUUGCUAGUAACAGGCCUGCUUACUAUUACUCUUGCAUGGCUCAUUGCUCCUCGCGUUGGAAGGAAAACAGCAAAAAACGGUCUUCACAUUCUUCUUGGAGGUGUUUGUGCCUUAGCUGUUGUUGUCUUCUUUCGCUUUAUUGUACUAACCAGGAUCAAAUAUGGACCAGCGCGAUACUGGGCAAUCUUGUUUGUAUUCUGGUUUCUUGUGUUUGGUAUAUGGGCAUCACGGACACAUACUGCUCAUACAACAUGAAUUCUGUUAUGAUAUGUGCGUCUUAGAUAUGUUUGUAAAGUCUGUUUCUGUGAAUUUUUCAGUCUUGGUGGACAAUUUUUGCAUGGAAAUUUUAAAGUUGUUUACAUUGUAAUUAAUGGCUAGGUCCUGUCGAUCUUUGACAAAAGACAUGGAUUCAUUACCAGAUUUUAGUGAGUAAUAUUAUAAACAAAUAAACAAUCACUUGAUAUCAUAAACAAGUGCUAGUAAA